AUGGACAAGCUCAAGGCGAAGCGGACUUCACGACGACCUUUGAACAGCCGGAUCAUCAAUGAGGCAAGUGCCCUACUUCGCAACGACUCCGCAACGCAUGAGCAGCUCGAUUCCAUCUACGAGAGGCUCAAAACGAACAACGAUGAGUUGAACAAGAUCAACAACGAAUUAGAGAGCGUCAUCACGGACGAGGACUUCCAAUCCGAGUACGAAACAAUUUUAGAGUAUGAAGACAACGCGACGCGCAUUCUCACCGAGCUCAUAAGCCGUCGGAACCGCAUUUCAAGCACACCAGCAGAAGAGGGAUCGGGGUCGGGGCCGGCUACCAAUGUGAUCGCUACGCCAUCAGAGAGGACGGGAGCCAAGCUGCCGAAGCUCACGAUCGCGCCCUUUUCUGGAGAUGUGUGUAAAUGGACGGAGUUCUGGGAGCAGUUUCUCCAGAUUGUCCACAACAACGUCACCCUGACUACGACGGAGAAAUUCCACUAUCUGCGACAGUUUUUAAAAGGAGACGCUGCCUCAGCGGUGGCCGGUCUUCCAACGACUGAAGCAUGCUAUAAGGACGCUGUAGACCUACUACAGAAGCGCUUCGGGGACUAG